GACCAGGGGUGUGUGUCUCUAUGUGCUCUCCAGGAACGUCCCCUGGCUCCAAGAUGGCCUUGCAGAGCUCCUUCACAUGCUGGAACGGGACAGUCCUCCAGCUCGGGCAGGCCUGUGACUUCCACCAGGACUGUGCCCAGGGAGAAGACGAGGGCCAGCUGUGCAGUAAGCUCCCUGCUGGUUUUUUCUGCAAUUUUGAGGAUGGCUUCUGCGGCUGGACACAAAACUCAUUGUUACCCCACACGCCUCAGUGGCAAGUCAAGACCCUAAAGGAUGCCCAGUUCUGGGACCAUCAAGGCCACGCCCUGUUGCUCAGCACCACUGACACCCCCACUUCUGAAAGUGCUGCAGUGACCAGUGCUACGUUCCCUGCACCUCUGAAGAACUCUCCGUGCGAGCUCCGAAUGUCCUGGCUCAUCCGUGGAGUCUUGCAGGGAAACGUCUCCUUGGUGCUGGUGGAGAACAAAACCGGGAAGGAACAGAGCAGAAUCAUCUGGCAUGUGGCUACCAUCGAAGGCUUGAGCCUGUGGCAGUGGACGGUGCUGCCGCUCCUGGAUGUGGCCGACAGGUUCUGGCUGCAGAUUGUCGCGUGGUGGGGACCAGGAUCCAGAGCCACCGUGGCUUUCGACAAUGUCUCCAUCAGCCUGGACUGCUACCUCACCAUCAGUGGGGAGGACAAGUUGCCACAGAAUACAGCACCCAAAUCAAGAAAUCUGUUUGAGAGAAACCCAAACAAGGAGCCAAAGCCCUGGGAAAAUACACCGAGAGAGACCCCCAUCUUUGACCCCACAGUUCACUGGCUGUUCACCACAUGCGGGGCCAGUGGGCCCCACGGCCCCACGCAGGCCCAAUGCAACAACGCUUACCGGAACUCCAACCUGAGCGUGGUGGUGGGGAGCGAGGGCCCCCUGAAGGGCAUCCAGACCUGGAAGGUGCCAGCCACCGACACCUACAGCAUCUCGGGCUACGGAGCCGCUGGCGGGAAAGGUGGGAAGAACACCAUGAUGCGGUCCCACGGCGUGUCUGUGCUGGGCAUCUUCAACCUGGAGAAGGACGACACGCUGUACAUCCUGGUCGGGCAGCAAGGGGAAGACGCCUGCCCCAGUACAAACCGAUUAAUCCAGAAAGUCUGCAUUGGAGAGAACAACGUGAUAGAAGAAGAAAUCCGUGUGAACAGGAGCGUGCACGAGUGGGCAGGAGGGGGCGGAGGAGGGGGCGGAGCCACUUACGUAUUUAAGAUGAAGGAUGGCGUGCCAGUGCCCCUGAUCAUUGCGGCUGGUGGUGGCGGCAGGGCCUACGGGGCCAAGACAGACACGUUCCACCCAGAGAGACUGGAGAAUAACUCCUCAGUUCUAGGGCUAAACGGCAAUUCCGGAGCCGCAGGUGGUGGAGGUGGCUGGAGUGAUAACACUUCCUUGCUCUGGUCCGGAAAGUCUUUGCUGGAGGGUGCCACCGGAGGACAUUCCUGCCCCCAGGCCAUGAAGAAGUGGGGGUGGGAGACGAGAGGGGGUUUCGGAGGGGGUGGAGGGGGGUGCUCCUCAGGUGGAGGAGGCGGAGGAUAUAUAGGUAAAGAUGAUUCGUGUUCAAGGUGUCACUCCCCUCCCCUCUUAGUCCUAGGCACCUCCCCUCCCUGUCCUCUAACUGACCCCCGCCUGCCCGCCCCUGGCCCGCCCCAAGUGUGGACUGUGUGCACGCCUUCCUCCCAGUCCCACCAGAUGAGCCAGAGGCAGGGUGUUGGCUCACGAGCCAGCAUCCUGCCUCGAGGUUUCAAUGAUGGCAUCAAGAUCCCAUACUGCUUCCUGGGGGGCCCCAGCAAAAGGGUGGAGACCCCAGCGAGAGUUAGCCUGGACCUGGAGGAGAAAGUGCCCCAUACACCCACUAUCGAGCAUCUAAAUCUACUGAGCCCAGCCCCAGAAACUCUUCUCUGGUUUGCCACAGGUGGCAACGCAGCCUCAAACAAUGACCCUGAGAUGGAUGGGGAGGACGGGGUUUCUUUCAUCAAUCCCCUGGGCAUCCUGUACACCCCAGCUUUAAAAGGUACCCACUCCACCAGGUGGCAGAACCAGCAAGUCUUCCUAGUGUUCCUCUCACCAAGUUUUCUGGAAAUCAGGAUGUGUGAUCUGAUAUGGACCCAGAGGCAGAAGACUGACUACUGGGCAGGCGGUCCUAGAAGAUGCAACAAUAAUAGGCCCUGUACCCGUAGCAGCCAACCCAAGUGUCCCUCGUUGAUGGAGGGCCACGGGGAGGUGAAUAUUAAGCAUUACUUGAACUGCAGCCACUGUGAGGUAGAUGAGUGCCACAUGGACCCCGAGAGCCACAAGGUCAUCUGCUUCUGUGACCACGGGACAGUGCUGGCUGAGGACGGUGUCUCCUGCAUCGUGUCGCCCACUCCGGAGCCCCACUUGCCUCUCUCACUGAUCCUCUCCGUUGUGACCUCUGCCCUUGUGGCCGCCCUCGUCCUGGCUUUCUCUGGCAUCAUGAUCGUGUACCGCCGGAAGCACCAGGAGCUACAAGCCAUGCAGAUGGAGCUGCAGAGCCCUGAGUACAAGCUGAGCAAACUCCGUACCUCCACCAUCAUGACCGACUACAACCCCAACUACUGCUUUGCUGGCAAGACCUCCUCCAUCAGUGACCUGAAGGAGGUGCCUCGGAAAAACAUCACCCUCAUCAGGGGUCUGGGCCACGGUGCGUUUGGGGAGGUGUAUGAAGGUCAGGUUUCUGGAAUGCCCAAUGACCCGAGCCCCCUGCAAGUGGCUGUAAAGACGCUGCCCGAGGUGUGUUCUGAACAGGACGAACUGGAUUUCCUCAUGGAAGCCCUGAUCAUCAGCAAAUUCAACCACCAGAACAUCGUGCGCUGUAUUGGGGUGAGCCUGCAAGCCCUGCCCCGGUUUAUCCUGCUGGAGCUCAUGGCGGGAGGAGACCUCAAGUCCUUCCUCCGGGAGACACGCCCUCGCCCGAGUCAGCCCUCCUCCCUGGCCAUGCUGGACCUGCUGCACGUGGCUCAGGACAUCGCCUGUGGCUGUCAGUACUUAGAGGAGAACCACUUCAUCCACCGGGACAUUGCUGCCAGGAACUGCCUCUUGACCUGUCCAGGCCCUGGGAGAGUGGCCAAGAUUGGAGACUUCGGGAUGGCCCGAGACAUCUACAGAGCAAGCUACUACAGGAAGGGAGGCUGUGCGAUGCUGCCGGUCAAAUGGAUGCCCCCAGAGGCUUUCAUGGAAGGAAUAUUUACAUCUAAAACAGACACGUGGUCCUUCGGCGUGCUGCUGUGGGAAAUCUUCUCUCUUGGAUACAUGCCAUACCCGAGCAAAAGCAACCAGGAAGUUCUGGAGUUUGUCACCAGUGGAGGGCGGAUGGACCCACCUAAGAACUGCCCGGGGCCUGUAUACCGGAUAAUGACCCAGUGCUGGCAGCAUCAGCCUGAAGACAGGCCCAACUUUGCCAUAAUUCUGGAGAGGAUUGAAUACUGCACCCAGGAUCCAGAUGUGAUCAACACCGCGUUGCCCGUAGAAUACGGCCCCCUGGUGGAAGAGGAAGAGAAGGUGCCCACAAGGCCCAAGGACCCCGAGGGCCUCCCUCCUCUCCUGGUCUCGGCGCCCCCGGCCAGACGCGAGGAGGGCCGAGAGCUGGCCGCCCCGCUGCGCCACUUCCCCUGCGGAAACGUCAACUACGGCUACCAGCAGCAGGGCCUGCCCCUCGAGGCCGCCGGCCCGGGCCCGGGCCGCUACGAGGACCCCGGGCUGAAGAGCCAGCCUGGGCCCUGA